AUGGACUCCCGUCAUCGCAUCUCGGAAGACGUGGCCGCGGACACCACGCCGCUGCUGGCGGCGGGCCGUGCCCCCAAAAGCGCCAUCACUGCGGUCAUGGACGAGCUCGUUUACGCCACCAAGGCCACGCUGCGGUGCAGCGUCACCAACGUCCUGCUUGUCUGCCUGCCGCUCGGGCUGUAUGGCGACGACUGGGGCUUUCCGGGAUGGGCCGUGUUCGUGCUCAACUUCCUCGCCAUGCUGCCCUUGGCCUCCAUCCUCACAUUCUCCACGGAGCAACUGGCGGCCAUUGUCGGCUCCGUUGCGGGAGGCCUGAUCAACGCCACGUUUGGAAACGCGGUGGAAAUGAUUAUCCUCGGCUCCGCCUUUUAUCUUGCCGGCCAGGACAAGCAGAUAGUGCACAUCAACGUUGACGUGGCGGGCAUCCUCACAUCGCUCAUGGUGAUUUCAUGCACGUCCCUCAUCCUCCCCUCGGCACUGCGCGCCGGCGACCUCCUGACCGAGAGCACCGAUGGUGGCCCUGCCGACUACAUCCUGACCCUCUCACGCAGCACCUCGGUCAUUCUCCUCAUCUUCUACAUCUUGUACGUGUACUUCCAAUCCGUCACGCACGCGGACCUCUUCGCCGAGGAGGAGAGCGACGACAGCAAGAAGCUGCACGCGGCGUCGAGCUGCGUGGUGCUCAUCCUUGCUACCCUCGGGAUCGGCGCGAGCUCCGACGCGCUCAUCAGCAGCAUCGACGGCGUCAUCGAGGCGCUCGGCGUCAGCCGCAGCUUCAUCGGCCUCAUCAUCGUCCCGAUCGUCGGCAACGCGGGCUGCUUUGUUGGAACGGUGCAGUGGUCGCAGACGGGUCGCAUUAACCUGGCCAUCUCUGUCAUUGUCGGCGCGACGCUCCAAAUCUCCCUCUUUGUCACCCCGUUCCUGGUGAUUGUCGGUUGGAUCAUCGGCCGCGACAUGUCCCUGCAGUUUGACACUUUUGAGACCAUUGUUCUCACCAUGUCGACUCUUGUGGUCAGUUGCUUGGUGCGCGGAGGGAAAACCAAUUACUUUGAGGGCAUGCUGCUAGUUGCAACGUAUACAAUCAUUGGCAUCGCCUUCUUCGUCCAUCCGGACGACGCCUGA